CCGCCCACCCGGCGGCGGCCGCCAAGUGCCUCUGGGCGCUGCGUGCCGCGCCCGCUGCUCCGCGCGCAGCCGGCUCGGGCCGCUCCUCCUGACUGAGGCGCGGCGGCGGCGGUGGCUGUGACCGCGCGGACCGAGCCGAGACAUUCGCGCCGGGGGAUCGGGCGCCGCCGCCGCUGGGCCCCGGGCGCGUGGAUGCGGCUGGGUCGGGCGGCGCCGCACACCUGAGGCGGAGAACGGGGCGCGGCGCGGGCGACGCUGUCAGGGCCGCGGUUCCUGACGCCCAGGCGCUCGCCAGGACGCGCCAGGCAGUGAUUUGAGGCACCGGGUUCACCUUCACCCAUGGUCCGGAGAGCCUAGCGGGGCUCGCCGCCGCCUCCCGGCUCCCCUUCCACGCCUCCCACCCCUCGGCGCCGCAUCCUGCCAGCCUCGCCGCCCCGCCAGCGCCGGGCAACCGCCUCGCCCGAAGCCCUCCCUCGUUACUGUCCGCAUACCCCGGCGGCGCCGCCGCGGGAAGCGGCUCCCCCUCCUCUUCCUCCGCGUCCUCUUCCCUCUUUCCCCCGCCGGGGCCGCUUGUUGCACCGCCCCGCGGCCUGCGGGAGCCGCUCGCCCCGGCCUUGUGCUCGCGUCCGCACCCCUUUCCUGUCGCCCCCCGGGGCCCGCACCACAGCCCGGCCGGCGAGACCCCGGCCAGACCCCGCUGCCCGCACAAAAUGUCGGCCCGGACGCCAUUGCCGACGGUGAACGAGCGGGACACGGAAAAUCAUACAUCUGUGGAUGGAUAUACUGAACCACACAUCCAGCCUACCAAGUCAAGUAGCAGACAGAACAUCCCCCGGUGUAGAAACUCCAUUACGUCAGCAACAGAUGAACAGCCUCACAUUGGAAAUUACCGUUUACAAAAAACAAUAGGGAAGGGAAAUUUUGCCAAAGUCAAAUUGGCAAGACACGUUCUAACUGGUAGAGAGGUUGCUGUGAAAAUAAUAGACAAAACUCAGCUAAAUCCUACCAGUCUACAAAAGUUAUUUCGAGAAGUACGAAUAAUGAAGAUACUGAAUCAUCCUAAUAUAGUAAAAUUGUUUGAAGUUAUUGAAUCAGAGAAGACUCUCUAUUUAGUCAUGGAAUACGCGAGUGGGGGUGAAGUAUUUGAUUACUUAGUUGCCCAUGGAAGAAUGAAAGAGAAAGAGGCCCGUGCAAAAUUUAGGCAGAUUGUAUCUGCUGUACAGUAUUGUCAUCAAAAGUACAUUGUUCACCGUGAUCUUAAGGCUGAAAACCUUCUCCUUGAUGGUGAUAUGAAUAUUAAAAUUGCUGACUUUGGUUUUAGUAAUGAAUUUACAGUUGGGAACAAAUUGGACACAUUUUGUGGAAGCCCACCCUAUGCUGCUCCCGAGCUUUUCCAAGGAAAGAAGUAUGACGGGCCUGAAGUGGAUGUGUGGAGUCUGGGCGUCAUUCUCUAUACAUUAGUCAGUGGCUCCUUGCCUUUCGAUGGCCAGAAUUUAAAGGAACUGCGAGAGCGAGUUUUACGAGGGAAGUACCGUAUUCCCUUCUAUAUGUCCACAGACUGUGAAAAUCUUCUGAAGAAAUUAUUAGUCCUGAAUCCAAUAAAGAGAGGCAGCUUGGAACAAAUAAUGAAAGAUCGAUGGAUGAAUGUUGGUCAUGAAGAGGAAGAACUAAAGCCAUAUACUGAGCCUGAUCCGGAUUUCAAUGACACAAAAAGAAUAGACAUUAUGGUCACCAUGGGCUUUGCACGAGAUGAAAUAAAUGAUGCCUUAAUAAAUCAGAAGUAUGAUGAAGUUAUGGCUACUUAUAUUCUUCUAGGUAGAAAACCACCUGAAUUUGAAGUUGGUGAAUCGUUAUCCAGUGGAAACUUGUGUCAGAGGUCCCGGCCCAGUAGUGACUUAAACAACAGCACUCUUCAGUCCCCUGCUCACCUGAAGGUCCAGAGAAGUAUCUCAGCAAAUCAGAAGCAGCGGCGUUUCAGUGAUCAUGCUGGUCCAUCCAUUCCUCCUGCUGUAUCAUAUACCAAAAGACCUCAGGCUAACAGUGUGGAAAGUGAACAGAAAGAGGAGUGGGACAAAGAUGUGGCUCGAAAACUUGGCAGCACAACAGUUGGAUCAAAAAGCGAGAUGACUGCAAGCCCUCUUGUAGGGCCAGAGAGGAAAAAAUCUUCAACUAUUCCAAGUAACAAUGUGUAUUCUGGAGGUAGCAUGGCAAGAAGGAAUACAUAUGUUUGUGAAAGGACCACAGAUCGAUACACAGCAUUGCAGAAUGGAAAAGACAGCAGCCUUACGGAGAUGUCUGUGAGUAGCAUAUCUUCUGCAGGCUCUUCUGUGGCCUCUGCUGUCCCCUCAGCACGACCCCGCCACCAGAAGUCCAUGUCCACUUCUGGUCAUCCUAUUAAAGUCACACUGCCAACCAUUAAAGACGGCUCUGAAGCUUACCGGCCUGGCAGUACAACCCAGAGAGUGCCUGCUGCUUCCCCAUCUGCUCACAGUAUUAGUACUGCGACUCCAGACCGGACCCGUUUUCCCCGAGGGAGCUCAAGCCGAAGCACUUUCCAUGGUGAACAGCUCCGGGAGCGACGCAGCGCUGCUUAUAAUGGGCCACCUGCUUCACCAUCCCAUGAAACGGGUGCAUUUGCACAUGCCAGAAGGGGAACGUCAACUGGUAUAAUAAGCAAAAUCACAUCCAAAUUUGUUCGCAGGGAUCCAAGUGAAGGCGAAGCCAGUGGCAGAACCGACACCUCAAGAAGUACAUCAGGGGAACCAAAAGAAAGAGACAAGGAAGAGGGUAAAGAUUCUAAGCCGCGUUCUUUGCGGUUCACAUGGAGUAUGAAGACCACUAGUUCAAUGGACCCUAAUGACAUGAUGAGAGAAAUCCGAAAAGUGUUAGAUGCAAAUAACUGUGAUUAUGAGCAAAAAGAGAGAUUUUUGCUUUUCUGUGUCCAUGGAGACGCUAGACAGGAUAGCCUCGUGCAGUGGGAGAUGGAAGUCUGCAAGUUGCCACGACUGUCACUUAAUGGGGUUCGCUUCAAGCGAAUAUCUGGGACAUCUAUUGCCUUUAAGAACAUUGCAUCAAAAAUAGCAAAUGAGCUUAAGCUGUAAAGAAGUCCAAAUUUACAGGUUCAGGGAAGAUACAUACAUAUAUGAGGUACAGUUUUUGAAUGUACUGGUAAUGCCUAAUGUGGUCUGCCUGUGAAUCUCCCCAUGUAGAAUUUGCCCUUAAUGCAAUAAGGUUAUACAUAGUUAUGAACUGUAAAAUUAAAGUCAGUAUGAACUAUAAUAAAUAUCUGUAGCUUAAAAAGUAGGUUCACAUGUACAGGUAAGUAUAUUGUGUAUUUCUGUUCAUUUUCUGUUCAUAGAGUUGUAUAAUAAAACAUGAUUGCUUAAAAACUUGUAUAGUUGUCUAGAUUUCUGCACCUGAAUGUAUGUUUGAUGCUUUGAUUUGAAAAUGUUCUUCCCUGUUAUUUACAUUCUGGUGGGUUUUUAAAAUUCUUACCUCCAUCAUGCAAUUUUGAAAAUUGUGUCCAGAAUUAAAAGUGCAUAGAAAUAGCCUUUACAAUUGUAGCAUGGACCUUUAAAAAUUGUUUUAAAAUCUUAUUUAAAUUUAAACCAGAAGCUGAAAAAUAGAUCAGCUUUAUUAUACACAAAAUUAUUACUGCUUAUCUUUGCUCUUUUCCUUGUUAUCCCGCAAGGUUUAGUUGAGAAGAUACAAAAUGUUUACAGUGUUGGCACUUAGAGUUUUUAAAUUCAAGUACAUGAAAUUCAGUAAUAGCAUUGCCUUGAGCUAACUAGGAAGUACUGGGAAAAAAGUUAAAUCUACAUCAAGUUUCUUUUGAACUUUGAAGUGUUUUCUGACCCACUGCUAACUGUAGCAACAAAAUUUAAAAGAAAAAAACCAUACUUUAUCUGGCUAUUAUAACAUAAACUGUCACGUAGGUUUGCUGCCUUCAGAAUACCGCAAUUUAAUUGCGGGAAUAUAAUAAUAUUGGGACUGUUUCACAGCACAAACUCAUCUUUACAGUGUUGAUCAAUGCAUCAGUUAAGAAAUAAUGCCACCUCAGGAAUUAACUGGCAUUGGGAACAUUUGCCUCAUUCUCCUGCUAUCCUCUUCAUUCACCCCUGCCACUGUAAUAUCUAUAAGUACUUAAGAGACUUGUGAGCAAAACAUACUAUUUAUAACAGUAUAUGAUUGAUUUAUGCUUAUGUGGUUGUUCAGUUUGUUCCCAUGUAACUCGUUUGUUUUAAAUAUUUUGCCAGAUUUCUUGUAUUUAUUCCACAUCAUUAUGCCUAUAAUGUGCCGCUUUGUGAUUGGGCAUUUGCCUACUUUUCUUUCAUAAUUAGUGAUAUAUGCGAUGUAAAACCACUAGUAAAGGUACAUUUUAAUACUUGUUAUUUUAUACUGAAUUAGCCUUGGAGGUUGACUGUGCAAUGUUAUUUACUGUUGUAAUUACUGUAAUACCAACAUAUGGGCCCCAUCUGCACACUCCUGAAAAACAGAAAGUGUAUUCAAAUUUUAUCAGUUUAAAGAAAAUAAAGCUGUGAUAAAUACUGUAAUUCCAACCUACAUUAGAAGGUCUAAGUGUAGGUGAUGUGCCAUUCCAUAAUGGCUUCCAGACUAGGGUGAAUUUUACGUUCUGUACUGUACUGUGAUGUAGCUUUCUUCUGUAACAGUUAUGUUUUAAAAUUAAGUGAGUUUUUUUUUUUUUGCCUUAGCAAAGGGUGGUGUUUGAAAAAAAAAAUGUGUAGCCCCUUUUUAACCUAGUGUUCAUUCAAAAAAAAAUUGAUGCAAAUCUUUAUUCACUUUCACUGGUGCACACUGAAAUUUUACUUGAACAGUUCUCAUAAUAAAGCACUUGUCUUUUGCUCUUUA